GAUAAAACUUUCUUUACUAAGUUGCUCAGAAGCGCGACGUGGGCAGCAGCGAGGCCGGUCUCUUUACUAAACAGCGCCGCAGAGCCUCACUGACGUGGAAACAUGCCACUGCGGCUGGACAUCAAGCGGAAGCUGACCGCUCGGUCAGACAGGGUGAAGAGUGUGGAUCUGCACCCCACUGAGCCGUGGAUGGUUGCCAGCCUCUACAGCGGGACUGUGGUGGUCUGGAACCAUGAGACGCAGACGAUAGUGAAAAGCUUUGAGCUGUGUGACCUGCCUGUCAGAGUGGCCAAGUUUGUAGCCAGGAAACACUGGGUUAUUGCUGGAGCAGAUGAUAUGCUGAUCCGUGUGUUCAAUUACAACACUCUGGAGCGAGUUCACAUGUUUGAGGCUCAUGCUGAUUACAUCCGCUGCAUCGCUGUCCACCCUACGCAGCCCUACAUCCUCACCAGUAGUGAUGACAUGCUGAUCAAGCUGUGGGACUGGGAUAGAAAGUGGUUGUGCAGUCAGGUCUUUGAGGGGCACACUCACUAUGUCAUGGAGAUUGUCAUCAACCCCAAAGACAACAACCAGUUUGCCAGUGCGUCUCUGGACAGAACCAUUAAGGUGUGGCAACUGGGCUCCAAGACUCCCAACUUCACCCUGGAGGGCCAUGAGAAGGGAGUGAACUGUAUUGAUUACUACAGUGGAGGAGACAAACCCUACCUCAUCUCAGGGGCUGAUGACCACCUGGUCAAGGUCUGGGAUUAUCAGAAUAAAACCUGUGUUCAGACCCUGGAGGGUCACACCCAGAACGUAACCUGUGUUUGUUUCCAUCCUGAGCUGCCAAUCACCCUCACAGGCUCUGAGGAUGGUACUGUUCGGAUGUGGCACUCCAACACCUACCGACUAGAAAACACGCUGAACUACGGCAUGGAGAGGGUGUGGUGUAUAUGUGGCCAGCCUGGCUCCAACAGUGUGGCUAUAGGCUAUGAUGAGGGAAGCAUCAUCAUUAAGCUGGGUCGUGAGGAGCCGGCCAUGUCCAUGGACUCCAGUGGGAAGGUCAUAUGGGCUCGCCACUCCGAGGUGCAGCAGGCCAACCUGAAGGCCAUGAGUGAAACUGAGAUCAGGGAUGGAGAGAGGCUGCUUCUGCUUGUCAAAGACAUGGGCAGCUGUGAGAUCUACCCCCAGACCAUCCAGCACAGCCCCAACGGGAGAUUUGUAGUGGCAUGCGGAGAUGGGGAGUAUAUCAUCUACACCGCCAUGGCCCUGAGGAACAAGAGCUUUGGCUCAGCUCAAGAGUUUGUUUGGGCACAUGACUCCUCACAGUAUGCCAUCAGGGAAGGCAACCAUAUGGUGAAAAUAUUUAAGAAUUUUAAACAGAAGAAGGCUUUUAAACCUGAAUUUGGCGCUGAAGUGAUCUUUGGUGGUUUCUUACUGGGAGUCAGGUCAAACAGUGGCCUGGCCUUCUACGACUGGGAGAGUAAUGAACUAAUUCGGCGUAUAGAGAUCCAACCUAAACAUAUCUGCUGGGCUGACUCUGGGGAGCUCGUGUGUAUCGCCACGGACGAGUCCUUUUUUGUGUUGCGCUACCUCCCAGAGAAAGUGGCAUCAGCUCAGGAGUCCAAGGAAGAGAUGACCGAUGAUGGGAUAGAAGACGCCUUCGAGGUGCUGGGGGAGGUUGCAGAGGUGGUGAAGACUGGGGUUUGGGUUGGAGACUGCUUCAUCUACACUAGCUCCCUUAACAGACUAAACUAUUAUGUCGGAGGAGAGAUCAUUACCAUCGCUCACCUUGACAGGACCAUGUACUUGCUGGGCUACAUCCCAAAGGAUGAUCGUCUCUACCUCGGAGACAAGGAGCUGAACAUCAUCAGCUACUCCCUGCUGCUGUCAGUGCUAGAAUACCAGACAGCUGUCAUGAGGAAGGACUUUAGCACAGCUGACAAGGUUCUACCCACAAUCCCCAAGGAGCAGAGGAUCAGGGUAGCCUACUUCUUGGAAAAACAGGGCUUCAGACAGCAGGCUCUGGCAGUGUCCACUGACCCAGAACACAAGUUUGAUCUGGCUCUGCAGCUGGGAGACGUCAAGAUAGCCUAUCAGCUGGCUUUGGAGGCCGAGUCAGAGCACAAAUGGAAGCAGUUGGCAGAGCUCGCAGUUACAAAGUGCCAGUUUAGCUUGGCCCAAGAGUGUCUGCACCAAGCUCAGGAUUAUGGGGGAUUAUUGCUGUUGGCCACUGCCUCAGGCAACACCGACAUGGUGGGCAAACUGGCUGAGGGGGCAGAGAGGGAUGAGAAGACCAACGUGGCCUUUUUGACCUACUUCCUGCAGGGAAGAUUGGAAAAAUGUCUGGAGCUUCUCAUCAAAACAGACCGGCUGCCAGAGGCUGCUUUUCUGGCAAGAACAUAUCUACCCAGCCAUGUGUCAAGGGUGGUGAGGCUGUGGAAGGAGAGUCUGUCCAAGGUCAACCAGAAGGCAGCAGAUGCUCUGGCUGACCCCACCCAGUACGGCAACCUGUUCCCUGGCCUCCAGCAAGCCCUGCUGGCUGAGCAGUACCUGAAGGAGACUCACAUCAGGGUCAGACCAGCUGCAGAAUACCCACUCAUCAUGCCAAAUGAAGACCGUAAUGUUCUGGAGGAAUCUGCAGGAUGUGGGUCCAGAGGAAAGAUCACUGAGCCACAGGAAGUAGUGAAGAGCAUGAAUGAAAGGGUAAUGGUAGCAGCAGUAAUGGAGGCGGCACCUGUAGAAACAGCAGCUGAACUCAUUCCACUAACACCAGAGAUCAGUGAUCCUGUUAGAACAACAGAAGAAGAAUCCCUCCCAACAGCAGCAUCCCCUCCUCCUGUCACAGUAACAGAAGAGCAUGCUGAACCAGAACAAGCACACUCUGCAUCUUCUGAGAAGGACACCAUCACUAAAUCAGAGGAGGUUUCCGUUUCUGUAGAGGAAGACAUUUUAGAGUCUACCACAGAGAUGACCCCCACAGAGCCAGAGAUGGCACAAUCCAGUCCCAGUGAAGAUGCCAGAUCAUCAGCUGAGACCGAUGUUCAAGAUAUCUCUCCAGCAACUGAUACUAUAUCUGAGACAACAUCAGAAACCAUCAUGGCAACAGAGACAAGUGAGACAGUGGCAACAAAAAACAUAGCAACAGAGGAUGUCCUAGUUAGCACUGGUCUGACACUCGAUACUGAUAUAACAGAAUCUGUAGCCACUGGGGAAAUGCCUGUUUAUCAAGAACUGAAAACAAGUAUCAUCCCGUCAGAAGCACUAAGCAUCAUAGAUACAGCGGCAGAGGAGACUCAUGUUACUGAGGAACUGCUUUCAGAAACAGAACCAUUAACCAUAGCAGUGGAGGAGCUCAUCUCCUUUGAAAACACAGCCGGUUCAGUGGUUGUGCCUGUUCAAGUCCAGACUUUUCCAGAUUUGUCAUUUGAUCCACUGCUAGACCCGCUCGGAGAUACAAUGCCACUAUUGAAAGCAGUUGCAGCACAAGAACCAGAACAAGAGGAGCGAACCACAGCACCUCCAGUAAAGCCCAAAGACAACCUGGAGCCUGCUGUGCCUCUCCAGGCAGAGCCCGAGGUUUUAUCCCGAGUAGCAGCUCCGGCAGAGGGGAAGUCAGCAGGGCAAGAGGCAGGUACUGAGGGAGCCGAGGAGGCCGCAGAGGACCUGGAGGCAGAGCUGAAUGAAGAGGCCCUGGAUGAUCUGGAUAUGGACAGUUUUGACCUGGAAGAAAUUGACACCACAGAUGUUAACCUGGAUGAGGAUUUUUUGGGUGAAUAGAAAGGGAAAUCUUCCACAAGAUAAAUUCUUCAGUUUUUUCAAUGACCAAAGAAAAAAAGAGCUGUUUUCCAUGACAAUGAUAAGCUGUCAACAGACUAAAAUACCUUAUCUGCUUUGUAUACAUUUGUGGCUGUGCAGAACUAAAUAUUUCAAAAGUACGACUCUAAGAAGGCAGGUUAAUCAGCCUUGAUAAACAGGCUGUGUUUAAAUCUUAUCUGGGAGACCACACCCAUGCAGUGCCUUUCUGUACUAAAAGUAAUCAAUGGUAGAUUGAAAGGAAAAAAAAAACUGUCAGAGAGAAUACUGGGAUAAGAAAUAGAAAAGCUUGUGUGUUUAUUUAGGAAUAUGGGAUACAUUUAAGCAAAGGUAUCCAAAUCAAGACUGUUGCGGCAUUCCAUUACCUUUUUUACAUUAAAUAUUUUGUAUUUUAACAAUACAUUGACUAUCAUUACAGUUUUUGUUAGAGCUCUUUCACAUCACUAACUUAUCAGUUUGCAGUAAAAUGUUUCAUGGGUAGAAUGCUUCACCAACCGACUGCAAUGUGCACAACACAAAAAAAUAAUAAUGGUAUCUUUUUCCAGUGUAACACCACUGUUGAUCAGGGUGUAAUCCAAACCCCAAAGCAAUUCUUGAAGUUUGAACAUUGCUUUCAUUGUUGAAGUAAAAUCUACCAUUUUCUAAUAUUCAUGAUGGAUUUUAGCUCAUAAAAGCAAUAUUCUUGAAUUUCUACCUGGGACAAGGCUGUUUGCAUUUUCUGAAUGCCAUAAUUUUUAGAAAAAUGUAUUCAACACUGUUGAUCAAGCCCAAGAUUUAAACAAAUCUCAUUUGGUUAUAGUCAGUGUCUUUAUUACCUUUGCUUGCUGUAGUUUGGUUCAUAUUUACUUCUCAAAACUUGUAUCGACUCUUACUGCAGCUCUGGGUUUAUCAGAUAAACUGACAUGAAAUACAUUUGUUACAGAUGUUUUUUUAAAGGCUGUUUGGAUGUUACUGUGUACCUGGACUUGAGAAGUGAAUUUUAUCAAUAAAGUCUUCCAUGACA